AUGGGCUUCAUCUGUGGCGUGUUGCUGAUGUACAUGGGUGAAGACGACGCGUUUCUGAUGUUGAUCUCGUUGCUGGAGAAUUACCGCAUGGCUGGACUAUUUAUGCCAAACCUGCCGCUUUUGAACAAGUACUUCUUUCAACUCCAAAGGCUCUUGGAGAUGAACCUGCCACGCCUACACGAACAUCUCACUGAACAAGGCGUCGAACCAACAAUGUAUGCAUCCCAAUGGUUCAUGACCGUGUGCAUCUACAAUUUCCCCUUCUCCACAGUUGUGAGAGUCUGGGAUAUUUUCCUUGCAGAAGGGGUUAAGAUCAUUUUCCGCAUUGCUUUGGCCUUGCUGAAGUUAAAUCAAGAGGCAUUGCUAAACCAAUCCUUUGAGCAGAUCCUGCAGACCUUGAAGCAGGCGCCCAGUGCGGUGGAGUCCGACAUGUCGUCCUGGCCAAUGGUUGACCAUUUUGGCAUCAUCUCUGGCUAUUUCUUGGUCAGAGUGGCUCUCUCAAAUGUCACCCGGCAUUUGAAGUCUGAGAAGCGGCCGGAUUUGGCCAAGGACGUGUCACCUAUCGCGGCCAAAGACCGCCGCCCUAUCGUAAAGAUGCUCUGUAGCUCUGUAGAUGUACCAGUACCACCUGUAGAACCACCAGCAACUCUGAAAUCACUCGCGUUUGACACUGUGACUGCGGAGAAGAAAGACGACAAGGACAAGGACGAUGAAAAGAAGGAGGCAGACAAGCCAAAGGACGCAAAAAAGGACAGAAGGGACGUUGUCGUCCAUCCAAUCGUCCUCCUUGGAGUCGUCGACCACUACAACCGGGUAGCCAAGGGAACCACUAAGCGAGUGGUUGGCACCCUGUUGGGCGAGGUCUCUGAUUUGAGCCUCCACAUCACCAAUUGCUUCGCAGUGCCUUUCGAAGAGGAUCCACGAGAUCCACAGGUGUGGUUCUUGGAUCACAACUACCAUGAAUCGAUGUUCGCGAUGUUCAAGAAGGUGAACACAAAGGAACGCAUCGUUGGGUGGUACUCUACUGGACCGAAGAUCAAGCCAUCUGACCUCAGCAUCCACGAGCUUUACCGACGGUAUUGUCCAGAGCCAGUGCUAGUUGUGAUGGACGUGCAGCCAAAGGAUCUGGAGCUGCCGAUGGAGGCCUACUACUCCGUCCAGGAACAAACCUCCGAUGAGGUGUUCAAGAGAACUUUCCUGCAUGUUUCGUCAACAGUUGGGGCGUUCGAGGCCGAAGAAGUGGGUGUUGAGCACCUUCUUCGUGACAUUAAGAAUGCGUCAGCCUCGACCCUGGCGGUUCGGGUGGGCGACAAGAUUGGUGCCUUGAAGGGCCUUGCCAUGAGACUCAGGGAGAUUUCCCAAUAUCUGAGCCAAGUGGUGGCCGGAAAGCUUCCCAUGAACCAGGAAAUCAUCUACCAGCUGCAGGAGAUCUUCAAUCUCAUGCCCGAUCAGGCCACAGCGGCUGCAUGGGAUUGA